ACUCCCCCCCCCCCCAACAAGUUACCCCCACUCAAAAAUAUUCUACUCCAUUAGAGAAGCUCCAGCCAAGAAACAAAGUGGGUGUGGAAGAUAAACUAAAAUCUCACACAUUAUUAAGGCCACCCUUCUUGUUUAAAAGUAUAUAUUGGGUUCUUGUCAUGUAAAGUUAAGAUUUUUACAUUCCAUAAAUGAGUUUAUUAGGUAUGUGAUAUUGAUAAUGCCCUUUCUUACAGGGAAUUAGUGUCAUUAUUUUAGGUGAAACCCAAAAAGUGUGCAUAUAUAUUUUGUCAUCAUUUAUUCCAUUGGUAUAAAUAAAUAAAAAGCAGCUAGCUCCAAUUUCCCACCAACUUUUUGUUCCUCGUCCCAAUACUAUCAUCUUUGUUUUUUUCCUCACGAUGUUUUGUGUCUGUCCCUUUGAUCUUCUUUCCUGUGGGUCGCUCAAUUGCUCAAUCCACUCAUAAAAAAAUUCUUGGAUUUUGCUUGCAAUAUCUUCAACUUAAGGGGUCAUUAAUUUCUUCAAGAUUAUAUUUUCUUGCCUAUUAUGAGAUUUUCUUCAAUUGUUUGAUCAGCCCAGUUAUGGAUAUUGAAAGUUGGGGCCGUCAAAAUCCUAUAAAGAAAGAAUCAUGGAGGACAGUUUUAGCCUUAGCUUAUCAGAGUUUAGGUGUGGUUUAUGGAGAUUUGAGUACUUCACCUCUAUAUGUAUACAAGAGCACUUUUGCAGAGGAUAUUCAACAUUCAGAGUCUAAUGAUGAGAUAUUUGGAGUUUUGUCAUUUGUGUUUUGGACAUUAACGCUUAUUCCAUUGUUAAAAUAUGUGUUUAUAGUCCUGAGAGCUGAUGACAAUGGUGAAGGUGGAACUUUUGCCUUGUAUUCCCUAUUGUGUCGAUAUGCCCGUGUUAGCACUUUGCCUAAUGGCCAAUUGGCUGAUGAGGAUCUGUAUGAGUACAAGAAUGAUAGAAAUUUAUCAGCUGAUAGGAUUGGGAUGAGCUUGAAAUCAACUCUGGAGAAACACAGAUUUUUGAAGAAAAUUUUGCUCAUUUUAGCAUUGAUUGGUACUUGUAUGGUUAUCGGUGAUGGAGUCCUUACGCCUGCAAUCUCAGUGUUCUCUGCUGUCUCUGGACUAGAACUUUCAAUGGCAAAGCAUCAUCACCAAUAUGUAGAAGUUCCAGUUGCUUGUGUCAUACUUGUGUUCUUAUUUUUUCUCCAACAUUAUGGGACGCAUCGACUAGGAUUUCUAUUUGCACCGAUAGUGAUUACGUGGCUUUUGUGCAUUAGCGCAAUUGGAUUGUACAACAUCAUCCACUGGAACCCCCAUGUCUACCAAGCAUUAUCUCCAUACUACAUGUACAAAUUCUUGAAGAAGACCCAAAGAGGAGGAUGGAUGUCACUGGGUGGGAUUUUAUUAUGUAUAACAGGUUCGGAGGCUAUGUUUGCUGAUCUUGGACAUUUUUCGCAGCUGUCUAUUAAGAUAGCUUUUACCUUUGUUGUUUACCCAUCAUUAAUUCUUGCUUAUAUGGGACAAGCUGCGUAUCUUUCCAAGCAUCACGCUAUUGCAAGUGAUUACCACAUUGGGUUCUAUGUAUCAGUACCUGAAAAACUACGCUAUCCUGUUCUUGCUAUUGCAAUACUUGCUGCAGUGGUUGGAAGCCAGGCCAUCAUCACUGGAACGUUUUCCAUAAUCAAGCAAUGUUCUGCUUUGGGUUGCUUUCCAAGGGUCAAAAUUGUACAUACAUCAUCCAAAAUCCAUGGCCAGAUUUACAUUCCAGAGAUAAACUGGACGUUGAUGGUGCUAUGCUUGGCAGUUACUAUUGGCUUCCGUGACACAAAACACAUAAGCAAUGCAUCAGGUCUGGCAGUUAUAACUGUUAUGCUGGUCACUACCUGCUUCAUGUCUCUUGUCAUUGUCCUCUGCUGGCACAAAAACGUGUUGUUAGCCCUUUGCUUUAUAUUCUUCUUUGGUUCCAUUGAAGCCCUCUACUUUUCGGCUUCCCUAAUCAAGUUCCUCGAAGGGGCCUGGGUACCGAUUGUCCUCUCGUUUAUAUUUCUAGCUGUAAUGUACAGUUGGCAUUACGGAACCCUGAAAAAGUACGAGUUUGAUGUUGAAAACAAAAUUCCCAUCAACUGGUUGCUCACCUUGAGUCCCAACCUGGGUAUUACGCGUGUCCGUGGCAUUGGCCUCAUUCACACCGAGCUUGUUACCGGAAUUCCAGCUAUUUUCUCCCAUUUCAUCACCAACCUCCCUGCUUUCCACCAGGUUCUUGUUUUCCUUUGCAUCAAGUCCGUCCCAGUACCUCACGUGAGACCUGAAGAAAGGUUCCUUGUUGGAAGAAUCGGACCCAAAGAGUACCACAUCUACAGAUGCAUAGCACGAUAUGGUUAUCGAGACAUUCACAUGGACGACGUAGAGUUUGAAAAGGACUUAGUUUGUAGCAUAGCUGAAUUCAUUCGCUCAGAGGGACGAGGACAGAGUUUUGAAGCUGUAGAAGAUAUAGACGCCAAUGAAAGGCUGACCGUUAUUGGGACAACUUCAACACAUAUAGAUGGCAUAAGAAUGUGCGAGGACAACGGAGAGUUGACUCAUGUAGAUACAAAAGAUACAGAAAUGAUAGAGAUAAGCUCACCAGAAGUUCCACGAAAACGAGUAAGAUUUCUCGUGCCAGAGAGUCCACAAAUGGAUUUAAGAGUUCGCGAGGAGUUACAAGAACUUAUGGAAGCUAGGGAAGCAGGUAUGGCAUUUAUAAUUGGUCAUUGUUAUGUAAGAGCUAAAAGGGGUUCAAGUUUGAUAAAGAAACUGGUGAUUAACAUAGGAUAUGACUUUUUGAGAAGGAAUUGCCGUGGACCAACUUAUGCAUUGAGCUUCCCUCAAGCUUCAACUUUGGAGGUUGGAAUGAUCUACCAUGUAUAAUUUGUGCUUUACUUUUUCUAAUUAAAGGAUAGAAUUGUAACAUAUGUUUUUUUCCCCCAUAAAUUUCAAAUGCGAAAAGCUUUGUAAAUGUUGUAAUGGUACAUGAAUUUUGCUUUAUACAAGGCAAUAAAUACCACGAAAAAAGGAAAUACUGAGCUUUAGAGGCAUGUUUGUUUAAAUAAAGAGUUGAAAAUAUGAGGUUGACAAGUUGUUUAUUGUUUUGCUA